AACUUACAUGGUAACCAGUUUCUUUAAAAAGGUGCCUGACUAAUACACAUAUAUACACUCAAUGUAUAUAUGGAGUAUUUCAGAAUCCACUACUGAUGGCCACUACUGGUCUUAAGUUUUAUUGUCCAAUUAGAAACUGCAGUACAGAAAGGAAGUAAUUUAAAUUAGAAACAGUCUCUUUAUUAUAUAGAAUAUUUAUUUAUGAAAUGGAAAAUGUCGAGCCAGAUAAUCACAGUGAAAAUAUUGAAAUCUGCAAUUUUUGUUGUCUGUAACUGCUCUGAUAACCACAGUGCUGCGCAAAAGCCUCGAGCCUCUCCUCUUUUCUUUAUAUUUUGCUAGGAAAAUGGAAAAUAGACACUGCAAUUUGUUGAAACGAGUGCAAACAUGCAUGGAAAUGCAGUAUAUAAGGCAAAAACAGGUAGUUUGUACAAUUCUAAUGAGCUUGAAAGUCCAUGUUUGGCAUGGCUUCUUUUAUUUUUCAACAUACACUGAACUCUUGUAGACGAGCUUUCUGGUAAUUUGAUUUCAUAGUCUUGAAGUCUUAAUAGUUUUCCAGGCUUCUUGAAACGCUCAAAGCUCUUCUUUCAAUGUUCGCUGCAGUUUGUUCCGUUCUCUGUAAAGAUGAUCCCACACUGAUUAAGUAAUGUUGAGGUCCAGGCUCUGGGGAAACCAAUUCAUGACUGAUAGUGAUCCACUGUGUAUCUUUUUCUAUUCAUGCUUGCUUUUACUUUAUUAGCAGUGUGUUUGGGAUCAUUGUGAUGCUGAAAAAUGAAGCUGUCACCAAUCAGAUUCUUUCCAGAAGGUGUUGCACGGUGGAUCAGAAUCUAACAGGACUUUUCUGCAUUCAUAAUUUAAUAGAUUCUGACACAAUUCCCAGCAUCACAGGCUGUAAAUGCAGCUCCAAACUAUGGCAGAGUUUCCACCAUGUUAUUUUUUUUUUAGAUGGCUGUAGACACUCACUGUUCUCCUGAUCUCCUCUUGUGUAAUUUGUCAUACCUCAGCCUUUUCUCACUCUUUUCCUUCCUUAAGAAUUGCUUGUAGACAGCCACCCUUCCACUGAGACAAUUUCUGAAGGACCAAACCACUAUCACAAAAAUACUUCUGAAACCCUGUAUCUUUAUCUAUGUUUAAAAUAAUCAGUAUUACUCAACAUGAAUAAAUCAGUUUCCUUCUAUUACAACAGAGAUUUGCCAUGGAAGACUCCAUUGAAGUAAUUCUGCAAAACUAUAGCGGGGUCUUCCCUACCAACAGACCUCAUCCCAUCUUCUCAGCCUGCACAGGUGCUCUGCUUACAGGCCUGUACGGAUUAUGGAGCCUCUUCACCCUACCGGGCUUCCGCAAAAUCCCAUGGAGGCUCAAGGUGCCCUAUUUGCCCUCCAGUAAAGAUCAGACUGCGAACGUGAUGAAGCUGCUUGAGGGUAGAUCAGGUUGCUUGGCAGAUCUGGGAUCAGGAGAUGGAAGACUGGUAUUUGCAGCCUCUGCUGCUGGUUUCCAGUCCACAGGCUUUGAAAUAAACUCCAUUUUAGUGGCAUAUGCCAGGAGCAAGGCCUGCUGGACAGGAGUCCCCUCCAGUCAGGCAGUCUUUGUUAAAAAAGAUUUCUGGAAGACUGAUUUGUCUUCAUACAAUAAUGUGACAGCGUUCCUUGCUCCGGGAGUGAUGGAGGUGCUUGGAGAGAAGCUGUUGAAAGAGCUUUCAGAUGACGCGCUUGUUAUCGCUUGUCGCUUUCCUUUCCCUAACUGGCCACAGCAGUCAUCCGCUGGCUUCGGACUUGAUCAGACCUUUGCUUACGACAUCAGCACCGUGCGCUCGUACCUUACAAGCGAAGCAAAACCAGCAGUGCAAUAAAAUUACAGCACUUUCUAGAAUUGUCACUCAAAACAGCACUGUACCCUCCUAGGACUUUGUUCUUGGACAGUAAGUGCAAGAUAAUAUGAUAAGACAAAGAGAGUAUAAAUUGGUAGUCUGGCAGUUAUAAACACUGACCAGGAGAGAUCGUUCAAAGAAGUCUUUGAACAUGGAAGGACUCUGAAUAGGCAGCAAAAUGUCAGGAUGAUUUCACCUGACAUGUGUACUAUUUUUUAAGUCUUUGCACUUAAAAAAAGAGCCAAUGGAGUUUAAGCCAUAAUGCUGAAGUCCUUGUUUUAAAUGUUAUCAUGCUUCACUAUAAAGAAUAUGUUUGUGACUGACUGCACCUCUCCUCGAGAGCUCUCACACUGCAAGCCAUUUAUUUCCAGCAUCAGCACUAAUAUGUCCUCACUGGGAUGCUGCAGGAGAGAGUCUGUGAAUAGUUUUGUUUCAUUUUGGUUUUGUGACACUGACAUUAAAUUCAAAUGCUGUGGUUUCUUGUGUGUGUGGCUUUUCUAAAAUAAAUGUCUGCGGCCACAGCUG